AUGACCAUCUGCUUCUGCUGCUACCAGAGCUGCCUCCAUGGUUCCCUGGUCCAGCCAGCGCUGACUCAGCCGCCCUCCGUGUCGAAAAACGUGGGAGAAUCCGCCCAGAUCCCCUGCUCCGGGAGGGGUAGCAGCUAUGGCUGGUUCCAGCAGAAGGUUCCUGGCACUGCCCCUGUCACUGUGAUCUAUGCUAACAGCAACAGACCCUCGGGCAUCCCUCCUCGAUUCUCCGGAUCCAAAUCUGGCUCCACGGCCACCUUAACCAUCACUGGGGUCCAAGCGGAGGACGAGGCUGUCUAUUACUGUAGUAACUAUGACAGCAGCUAUAACGGUGACAUAAGCAACGGGGAACCCAGGUCUGUGCACGUACCCUGUCAUUUGGAGAGGGAACAACCCCCAACAGCCCUGCUCCUGCCCUUGUUCCUCGCUGCACCAGAACCCCCCUUGUCACUGGCACCAGCUCCCCCCACCUUCUCACCUCCCCCUGGACCUGCCAUGAUCACCCAGUAUGGCUGGAUCCAGCAGAAGGUUCCUGGCACUGGCCCUGUCACUGUGAUCUACAACAACAACAACAGACCCUCGGGCAUCCCUCUGCGAUUCUCUGGAUCCCAGUCUGGCUCCACGGCCACCUUAACAAUCACGGGGGUCCAAGCUGAGGAUGAGGCUGUCUAUUACUGUGGUGGCUUGGACAACAGUGGUGAUGCUGUUGUAGAGACACAGAGACAUGUGGAA